UAUCAAGAAGUGCUACCUUGCGCGCUAAUGGAGAAAGUGGUUGCAAGUGGAUUGGUCAAAGAGUUUGAAGGGUAACUUAAUUGCGUCAUGAAGGAUGGUGAUGGGGAGACGAGCGCGGUACAUUGUACUUGGGAUUACCCUCGUAGUGAUCGGGAUCGGAGUGGUGUGUCUGACACUAAAGUAUGGAACCUCAUCAUUCGAAAAAUGGCAAUCCAAGAUGGCACUCCCCGAGUUAAAAUCCAAACCAUGCGUCUUCCCACUACAACUCCCGACUAUCCUGGGCGCGACCUCAAACCUCGUCACAGGGAAACCCGGCGUCAUCAAGGUGUUCGUCAAUUCAGAAUACCCCAUUCGGGGUUACUGGGAGGAGAGGCAAGGUUACACGAUAGGGGGCAGGUCGAGCGUAUCGUACCUCAUUCCGGCAACAAGGCAACGAGGCUAUACCUCAAAACUCAACCUGGCAGAUAAUGGAAAAUAUACAGUGAUCCUACGCAUGCGUAGAACACCAGCACGAAAUGGCACCGACAACUUUUCAUUGCACCUCAUGCAGCGCACACCAUGCAACACGGUGAUCAUGAACUUUGACCCUCUGGAGCUUAUAGGCACGAUUGUAACUUUACCUAAAAUCAUAAAAGCCCCGCUACCGACGUAUGCCGUUACUGCGGGUGGGAAACUCUCUUUAAAAUUCGUUGCAAAGUUACGGAACAAUACGAAGAAAACCGAAUCAUUCCGAAAAAUCUUCGGCGGGACAUUCGUGCGUGUGUCGUGGGCCGACGGAGAGCAUAUCCGGAGCGUACAUUCUAAGGCUAAAGACAAUUACCAUGCCGAUGUGUCAACAUCAUCAGGCGUCACAACAAAUAAGAAUGCAAGAUUUGUCACUGUUCGCAGCCAGAUAGCAUUUAAGAAUGUAAACAAAAAUAACACUGGUUUAUUCGCUGUUGGUUUCAUUCUGUAUACGAGUCAGUUUACGGCGAUCAAAACCGAGGUAUACACGGACAUCCAGGCCGCAGCCUGUUCAAAACAACCGCCCGCCAUCAGAGUGGAGAGCUGUAGUGAUAUGAUGUCACCGCGUAUCGAACGCACCAAAAACGACGGCGUUCAAGAAUUGGCUGCAGUCGAGAACAUUUCAAACUGUAUCCGAGUCAUGACAAGCGGUAAUCCGCGGCCAAACGUGUCACUGCAUGCGUUGCGAGGCCGUGAAUACAACAAAGCGGUUGUCAUGAAACCCGCAAAAUCCGGGAGACCCUUAUCAGGAAGUUACAUUGUAAAAACUUUCCAAAUUAAGAAUCCUCAACUAGAUAAACCGGAGUAUUAUUUAGUAGGGGCUAAGAAUGACUUUGGGGAGUCCAGCUUCACCUUGAAAAUAGUGCUGUACAGGCCCGUGAAGUUGCUAGAGUUCUACAUAAAGGGCGUGCCCAGGCCCGACAGCGACAUUGCGGAGACGACAGUAUUAUGGUAUGAUGUACCACCACAGACAACGGCCACUCUGACAUGCAAAGCUAUUGGUCACCCUCUACCGACGAUUCGCUUCUUCCACAUCCCAAUGACAACGAAUCAAACCGACUCCGUCUUCGUGCUUGAUCCUUUGAUCGGUGAUCCAGCAUGGACUAAUUUGCAAACAAUCAAUGACACUGUGAUACAAACUCAAAUUGACAACUCAACCGAUUUAGUGACGUCAUCAGUGACGUUGACGAGUGGGUUUUUCAUCGGUAAAACUGACUAUAUCGUUGGGUGUCUGGCAGAAAAUAGGUUCUUUUUGAAUAGGAAGAAAAUUGGAUUCCAUGUUGUUGACGCAAGAUAG